AUUGUUUUUUGUGACAAGUGUGGAGCGUCUGUUUAUAUUUGUAAGCAAGUCAACUCCGCAUUCUGCACAUCUAUAUAAAGCCACUGUUAUCUGAUCACUGUAGCCAUGGAUGUCACACGGUGGGUUCUGGUUUUGUUCGUCAUCGCUGAAGUUGUGUUUCCCGAGGUCCGGACGUUUUCUUCAAGGGCGUUUUUCUGCCACCGAAUGAUGCCAAGAAGCCCUAUUCUUGGAACUGAGUGCUCCUACCCAUGCGUUAUAUCACAUGGUGAUCCCAGUAACAGUUAUGGAACUUUCUAUCUAGCGGAGGAGGACUGGACACCUUGCAGUUUUGGCUAUUGCAGAAGUGGCGUGUGCUUGCCAGCAGAAGAUCAGGCUCUGAAAAGACAGAAACGAUCCAUGCUCCUAACUAUGGGGGCUAUCGCUCUUGCAAAGAAGAUUGCGCAACGUUUAAGAGAACAAAGACAAAAAUCAGAGCAAUAAAAGUGUUAUCAAAGACAACAAU